AUGAGCGACCACGAGGGUGAGGGUCUUGACCUUGAACGUUGGGAGGAGGCAAGCUUGCCUGGUGACUCAGUCUUUUCGUAUGCACAGGCCGAUGUGUUCGACCGAGGAAUAGUCACGGGGAGUGGCGAUUUCCAUGCGGCACCAGCAAACUGCUACAAUCCAGGAAGAACAUUCACAGGUGGUCCUCGGAACGACUCCUUUGCAGACACCUCCUACCCACCUCAGCAGACGGCGUCUGUUGGUCAGAACACGAGACAUGGCAUCCCGCCAGAGCAAAUUUCGAAGGUCCUUUCUCCUGCUCGAAUUCAGUUUGAAGGCGGGCAGCCACCGAGUGGCCAAUACAAGCUUGCUUCGAACUGGAGGCAUCAUCAAGCGAUGGCGCUGAGGACUGAGGGACCGGCUCAACCAUCGCCGCUCCAGAGACUCCGAGAAAUAAUGGUUAGAUUCGGGGCUUUCAUAAGAAAACCAGAAGAUGAUGAUGAAAAUCUCUUCGUCUGGGGCGAGCCUCAUCAGGUCGCAGAGACGAAGGCUGCGCUGGCGCAGUGGGAACGCGACAUCCAGGAGGCGCCCCGAGAGGCCAGAUUGCCGAUCUGGGCCAAAUCCACGGCACUGGACGGCAGAGCUGAAAAUCGAGCCGAACGACAGAGCCGACAGAACGCAUUUGAUCAGAUAUUGCGUGAGGCGCAGAUUGAUUACCCGGUUGAAGCUGCUCUUCUCUGGCCGAAGGAACCGGAUCUCGAGGAGUUUGAGUCGACGAACAGUGACAUUCUUGAUCAACUCAGAAGCAAAUUCGGGUGCCGCAUCACCUUUUCACCAUCCGACCCCCAGCAUAUCUUGAUCGGUGCCCAGUCCAAAAAAGACGCUCUCUCUCUCAUGACAAGAAUGACGAACUUGAUCAAAGAGGCGAUCGCCAGUAGAGAUCAGCUUGUGGCGAUCAACCUCGUACAUCUCCCUGACCACGAGAUUUUCAGAGACCGGGUUGGACUUCGAGACAUCGAUCCAAUUUCCGGCACUUACCUGCCGACUCUGCACGGAACUCCACUGGCAGACAAGGACCAAUGGGAGCAUAAGAGACGUCAGGCUCAUCUAGACGAUCGCAAGGCCAUCAAGAAAGCGAUUGAUUCUUCCCUCAAAGGGCUAAGGAUUUCUCAGCAGCACGUGCGCAUGAGGGUCGUCUUUGGCGAGCUAGGGUUCUUGCGCUUCCUGAAACCGCGCGACGGGGCCGAGCAUUAUCAGUUUGACGAGUUCUACGACAUGGCCACAAGAGGACAGGCUAGACUGCUCUUGAAUGGUCUUCCCGUGCGACAGGGCAGAGUAACCGAUCUUCCAGACGUAUUGGAAUCAACGGGGCUAUUCUCGGAGCGCACUGAAUACUACAGUACGCUCUUUGACUUCCAAGGAACAUCACCAAACACUAUCCUUCGACUCGAAACGGUUUUCUACCCAAGUGGCCGUCACGACACAGAGAGCCGGGAGAAGCGAUGGGUUGAGUUGGGGGACACGGUCUCAAGACUUCAACUCAGUCUCAUUAAUUUUGAGAGGCCAGACUAUCAAAUCACGCUUGACGCCUUCCCUCUUCGCACGGACAAGUCAACAAAAGUCCACAUGUCAUCAUUCCAAGCUAACGUCACGAUGGACCGUCCAAUUGACGGCAUUAAGUCGCUUCCACAACGACGAGCCAAGUACCCACACGGCCAGCAGAGACUACAACGUGUUUCCGAGCUUAUCAUGUUGAGGUGGCGAUUCAAAAGUACGGACGGGGUCUUCGAACUUCGGCGCAAAGACAUCUACGACGAGCUACCAGGUCGAGAAGAUCGGAAUCCUGGCCCAGUGGAGACGAAGUGGCAUGGCCUGUACUAUUACCCCCACUGGGAUAGCCUAAUGGGUGAGUUUGCGAGCGUCACACCAGGCGAGGACAUCCGCUGGGUCAAGUCUGUUGGAACCUUCAUCCCCGAAGGCGAAGAUCAGCACGGACUGGCGCUGCCGAGAGGGUUCAAGAACUUCAUCAGCGAAGUCGAGGAAAUCCAGGAUGUUUUGGCCGAGGCGAUUGCCCGAUUGGAGAAAGGAAAAGGGAACGCAACGGAGUCGAAUUGA